UUAAUACUGUUACAGGUAAAUAAACAUCGAUCGAUAUAAUAAGUGGUGUAAUAAGAAUGCUUUUGCUCUUUACCUGUACUCCUUUACGUAUAAUCGAACUGACAUUGCUUAACAGUUUCAAUUUUAAGAACGUGUCUUCACAGUUAAACGAUUAUAUUUUUAAAUUGGUGGGAUUUGACACAGGAAGUGAUGAAACGGCGCGCGCACCCGGAUGUUGCGCGCGCACACCGAAUGAAGUAACAAAGAGCACUUGACAUAUUUCAUUUUGUUGUAUUAUAAAUCGGGCAGUUUAUUUCGUUGAGAUUUCGUCUGGAGAACGUUUUUCGUCGUGACAAGUUUAUUGUUAAGUGAUUUCUACAGAGGAGGUGAUCAGAAGGUGGUCGACUAAAUGAUACUGCUAGCGCGUAAGUUCCUGCGGGGUGGGCGAGGGACGCCAUGACAGUCGUCGUAUUUUCUGUUAACCGCGAGCACGUAGGCUCUUGCCAGCGUUUUCGUGAAAUUCUUGCGCCGUUUAGCGUCUAUCUGAGUAAAAAUUGGCAAUCCCGUUUCCUAAGCUUCGCGGAAAUUGCUUCAAAUAUAUUGUGGAGGCGGAGGGCGAGGGCGCGUGGCCAUUAUCAGGGAUUUGCUUGUGGGUACCCGUGGCGAGGUGAGACGUCGAGAGGCGGCGAAAGGCGUCCCCCCCUGCAUCGGGACGCGUGUCUCCCUGUGUACAAGACGGCCUAGGGCCGACGAAGCGAGAUGCCAGAACCGCCGAUGGCACCGUACACCACGGUGAGAAAUGAAAUAUAUCAGAAACAUUUAGUUAGUAUUCUUCAGUGAACAAAAAUGAAUACUGAGCAGCAUGCAUUGCCAGCGACUACGCAGGCACAACAAGAGGAUGUAAACGCGGGUCAAAGUGGUCGUCCUUCAUACCCAGGUGGUUUGGCUACCUCAACUAGUCUUGGAAAUGUAGGGAGUACCCCACAUUCAUCCGCGGACCUGCGUGUAGGUACAGCCGUAGCGUUAGCCUCCUCGGUAGCUAAAUAUUGGGUCCUGACCAAUCUGUUUCCUGGACCGCUACCUCAGGUCUCAGUCUAUCACCAUUCCCACCACAACUCCUCACAUAGGAGUAGUGGAGGUGGAGAGGCAUCUUCCAAAGAGCCAGCCUCUUCAUUGAACCAAGAAAUGGCGUUGACCUCCAGUUCACACCAUCAGUCAACACCUACACAUCAUCAUCAUCAACCUUCAGUUAGCAGUAGCAGUCAUCAUAGUUCUUUACAACCAAAUCCACAGCAGAUUCCAGUUUCUCUGCCAGGCCUUAAUUUAGAUGGACCACAUUUACCCACCAGCGUCAGUCAUUUACAGGCAGCACAUGCACAAAUGCAACAGCAAAUGCAAGCACAACAGCAACAGCUGCACCAACAACAACAGCAGCCACAACAGCAACAACCCCAACAGCAGCAGCAACAAUCUCACCAUCAAAUGCAAAAUCAUCAAAAUCCUCAGAACAAUGGACCAACUGCACAUAAUCAAAACGCACAGAGAGAUGAUAACAAGGUGAAAGACGAAGGUGGUAGUUGCACAACCGAACGUUGUAGCGACAAUCAAGUUCACUGUCAAGUACAAUGCGAUCUUCAGUUACAAACAUCUCAAGAUCUGCAACAAAGUCUUAUGCAGCAACAACAGCAACAACAACAACAAAUUGGCGUAAAUAUAAGCGGAAAUUCUUCAACCGAAGGUGGAAGUCAGAGCAAUUCCGAAAAGCCAGAAAAGGAAAAGGAAUUGCGUCAACUGAAUAUGACACAAUUCCAAGUGCCAGAUCUAAAACCAGGAGGUCAUAUGAUGGAUGUAAGAACAGCUGACGGUUCAGUUGUAAAAAUCAGCGCUGGUAAUGAGCAAGAUUUAGCAAAAACUCUUGGCGUUGAAAUGGUGCAGAAUAUGUAUAAGGUGAACGUUGAAGAUAUUAAUCAGCUCUUAGCAUAUCACGAAGUAUUUGGAAAGUUACAAAGUGAAAUAGCAGCUGGUACAACCCUAGUUGGAAGUACUGUUCCUACUCAAACAGUUACCACUAUACAAAAUGGAACACCAAUUGUACAACAAGUUCAAUUAAAUAAGUUCGAUAUUAAAUCGAGCGAUGGCGAGGCCACUCCAGGGCCAAGCGCGUCACCAGUAUCAGUUGGAAGUCAUGCGUGUGAAAUUUGCGGAAAAAUUUUUCAGUUUCGUUAUCAACUUAUUGUACAUCGUCGAUAUCAUACAGAAAGAAAACCUUUUACUUGUCAGGUGUGUGGCAAAGCAUUUUUAAAUGCAAACGAUUUAACACGUCAUGGUAAGUGCCAUUUGGGUGGUUCCAUGUUUACGUGUACAGUGUGUUUUCAUGUGUUUGCCAACGCGCCUUCGUUAGAGCGUCAUAUGAAACGACACGCUACCGAUAAACCAUACAAUUGUACAGUAUGUGGAAAAAGCUUUGCCAGGAAGGAACAUUUGGAUAAUCAUACUCGUUGUCACACGGGAGAAACACCCUACAGGUGCCAAUACUGUUCAAAAACAUUUACUAGAAAAGAACAUAUGGUAAAUCAUGUUCGUAAACACACGGGCGAAACACCGCAUCGAUGUGAUAUUUGCAAAAAGAGUUUUACUCGCAAAGAACACUUUAUGAAUCAUGUUAUGUGGCAUACAGGAGAAACUCCUCAUCAUUGCCAAGCCUGUGGCAAGAAGUACACACGUAAAGAACAUCUUGCAAACCAUAUGCGUUCUCAUACCAAUGAUACACCAUUUCGUUGUGAAAUAUGCGGUAAGUCGUUUACGAGAAAGGAGCACUUCACGAACCACAUAAUGUGGCACACCGGUGAGACGCCGCACCGCUGUGAUUUCUGCUCGAAGACAUUCACGCGAAAGGAGCAUCUUUUGAACCACGUUCGCCAGCACACGGGUGAGUCUCCACACCGAUGCGGCUUCUGCUCCAAAUCGUUCACCAGAAAGGAACACCUUGUUAACCACAUCCGCCAACACACAGGGGAGACGCCCUUCCGCUGUCAGUACUGUCCAAAAGCAUUUACGCGGAAGGAUCACCUGGUGAACCACGUCAGGCAGCACACGGGUGAGUCACCGCACAAGUGCCAGUAUUGCACCAAAUCCUUCACGAGGAAGGAACAUUUGACAAAUCACGUGCGUCAACAUACAGGCGAAUCGCCACACCGAUGCCACUUCUGCUCCAAGUCAUUUACUCGUAAGGAGCAUUUGACGAAUCAUGUCCGAAUCCACACCGGCGAAUCACCGCAUAGGUGUGAAUUCUGUCAGAGGACGUUCACCAGGAAAGAACACCUCAAUAAUCAUCUCCGUCAACAUACCGGAGAUUCAUCGCACUGUUGUAACGUGUGUUCGAAACCAUUUACGAGAAAGGAACAUCUCGUAAAUCAUAUGCGAUGUCAUACUGGUGAACGUCCAUUUGUGUGUACAGAAUGUGGCAAAAGCUUCCCGUUAAAGGGUAACCUACUUUUCCACAUGCGUUCGCAUAAUAAAGGAAGUAAUGCUGAGAGGCCAUUCCGUUGCGACCUUUGUCCUAAAGACUUCAUGUGUAAAGGACACUUAGUGUCCCACAGGCGAUCGCAUUCAGAUGAACGACCGCACAGCUGUCCAGAUUGUGGAAAAACUUUCGUCGAGAAGGGCAAUAUGUUGAGACAUUUAAGAAAACAUGCAGCAGAAGGACCACCGACACAAGUCAGCACACCGUCAGCCAUUCCUCAAUCUGGCGUUCUGCCGAUACCGGCAGCGGCAGUUUUGGUCGGGCAUCCAUUGGCGCCGCCCGCACCACCUGUAGUGCCGCAACACACGGUUGUUGUACCCACUCCACCAGGCGUAUUGACCUCGUACUAAACCAAAUGAAGAAAAGGGAUGUUAAAGCAUUUGAUGAAAGAAAAGUGAGUGUAUACAUGAUGAACGUUUGUAUCGUUGAUCAUAAAAGUGCAUCAUUGGGUUUUUAAAGACUUAUGGUUUCUACGACCAUGAAAGUUGAUAAAAGUGUUGUUAUGCAUCGCAGUAGUAUCAUUGUGAAUGUUGUAACUACAGACGUUGUCUUCGUUUGAAACGUGUGCCGCAAUAUUCGCCUGUUGCUACGUGCAAAAAAAGUUACACGAACUUACAUUGAACAAUAACCGCUGCUAUGAUGGCAGUGUAUUAUCCAAAGUUUGAAUUUCUUUGUUUCUUUUUGUAUAAUACCUUUAGUAGAUCGUUUAUGGAAGGAAGCAUAUUUAACGUUUUCACGUUUCACUUACUAUGCAAACUCAGGACUAUGCGAUUCAGUGAUGGGCACACGUAAAUUUUGCUUUUAAACGAAUUACAAUUAGGCACUAAUCGUGGUACCAAUAUGUCGUCGUAUUAAUUUUGUACAAUAAUUUCAUGUAAAAAGAACAAAAAAAAAAGAAAAAAAAAUAAUGUAUCUGCCAGCGGGAAAAGGCAGAAUUUGACGUAAUGUAAACAUGCGGCGCACCCCGGAUGGUAUGGUCGUUAUUUGACGGACUUAUCAAAAUAUUUGCUUGGAGUACAAGAUCUAUUUUAAUUCAAAUUGUAUAAUGAGUAUGCAGCCCUCGAUAGUAAUUAUUUGCAACCGACAUGACACGGAUUCACUUUUGUGUUAAAAUACAUUUUGUGCUAUCACUUUCAUAAUAUUAGGCGAUCUCGUCAGAUUCAAAGUGGUAUUUCUAAUUUCAUAAUUGGAUAUAUUCCAAAAUAUUUUUUUGAAAGAUACUAUGUAUGUGAGAUCAGAUCCUCCAGAGAUAAGGAGCCUAGAAGACUAGAAUAUCGAAAAGUUAACGAUGAUGAGGUAAUACAGAGCCCGGUCAGCAAUCGCUACUCCUGCUAAUCUUCUUGAAUUCAAAUACCAUCGUUCAUACCCUUUCCCUCUUAGGCUCCCACACGUGACUUUGCUAUUUUUAUACAGAGUGAUUUUAAAAUUGAACUAAGCUAUAGUUAUUUUCUAAACGAAGAACUCGGCAAUUGUUCAAAAAUUGUACCAUAUUAAUUUGGGCAUUUAAUUACUCGUUUAUUUCCAUUUACCGUUAGGUUCAUUUUGGUUACAAAACUUUUCUUCUUUAUAGGGCACAAUGUAAAAAUCCAUAGCGGCAUUAAAAAUAUACGUGUAUGUCCUAGAGAACAAAAGUAUAAAAAAAAAUAGUCUCUAUUACUUGUUUGUGCCUUCGCUUAGAAAACAGCUACAGUCUUUAAAAUCAAUCUGUAUACUGACUUUAAGGAUACAGUGUUCCCCGCGUGUAUGUAACUGAAUCAGUAUAUAACGAUCCUGUGAAACAUGCAGAGUGCCAAAACUUCAGACCAAAUCUGGAGGAUCGUUUCUAGGCGCUAGAGAAACAAACAGAUUUGAAACAACAGUUAAUAGAUGCAAGAGUUUCAUUAGUAAUACAGAGUAUAAAAAUCACAUUGUUUUAUAUUUCUUUUUAAUUUAAACAAAUUUUAUUUUCUUUAUUUUUUAUGUCAAUGUUAUCCGAGAAAAUUGAUUAAAUUAACAGAGACGACUCCUUUGUCCUUACAUGGAGAAAAAUUAUAUAUAGGCAAGGAAUACUGUAAACGGUAAUUUUUCGUUGUAUAUAUAGAUUGGAAAUCGUAAAAAUGAAAAUAUGUUUUAUUAUUUUCCUAAAAAAAUUUAUGUAAAUGUGACUGAGAAAGAUACUAUAUAUAUUUAAUAGCACAUAAUCUUUAGAUUAAUUAGAUAUUUACUUUUAUUGUUUUAUCUAAUUGGCGUGCAGUUUAGUUUAACGUGAAAGAUUUAUGUUUUCCAAGUAUACCAAUUGAAGUUCCGCGUCGGCUGCCCGUUUUAGCUAUAGUCAUUGUUUUUCGUUUAAUCAUAAUUAUUAUAAUCGUGUGCAAUAUAACUAUGCCGAUUUCGCUUAGGAGACAUCUGCAACAAAUACCACUUUUACACGGAAUCUUAAAUAUAAAAAAAAAAAAUAAAGCCAAGCGAUAGCAGAUAUUGUUUUGAAUUUUUGAUUUUUAAAGUUAACUUUAAAUGGUUAACGAUACUUGUCUAUUGUCUACUUCAAAAGAAAAAUGUUACGAUUCUAGCGAUCUUGUAAGGCCAUGUAUUUCGUAUUUACAUUUAAGGUAACAGUAAAAUCGUAAGCUUGGUUUUGCGAUGUCGUUAUCGUGCUAAGUUACCUAAAUAUACUACCGUAUUUAAAUGAGCACUGGACACCAAAACGUACGUUCAAUUCCUCAAAAAAAAAAAUUGCAACCGCGUCUCACUGGUUACCGCAUUACCAAGCUUACAUUGGUUAUGUAUGAUAUUAAUAACAAUUAAUGAAUAGAUAUGAAAAAGAUGAUGAAAAACUUAUUAACGCGGGUGCAUACGUCAGAUGGACUUUCGUGUACGAUAAUGUUCGUCGCUCCGUAGAAGUCUAGAUUAAUAUAUUACGACAAAUAUUACUAAGUAUAUUCAAACAAUUAGAUAUCAUGUACUAUUUAAAAUAAUGAGGGAAAAAGCUAAUUAUACUGCAGGGUCACUGUAUGAGUGACAUAAAUCUGUCACAUACGGAACGUAAAAUUUUCACUAUAUUCGUAAGAGAAAACCACGCGAAGAAUGUGCAAAGAUACAUCUAUAAAGGAGAAAACUAUAUAUGUAUAAUAUAUAUAUUGCUCGCGCUUAUAUACAUUAUGUAUAUAUACUGAACGCGAUUUUGAAGAGAAAAGAAAAUUGUGAUGCCGUACUGGACACACUUGGAACAAAUAAUAUUUCCAAUGAUACGUGUAAAGAAUUCCUUUGCAAUUUAAUUGUGGCAUCGCUCCUUGCAAUUUGCUAAAAAAAAAUCUAGCAAGGAAUAAAUAGAAAUAAUGUUUAUAUGAAUUAUUAUUAUUAAUAAUAUACGUUACAAAAAUAAAAUUAAGAGUUGGUUCAUGCUUUUAAGAGAUUUAGUUUCAUGCUUGUUUCAAGAAAAAAAAAAAUAUGGCAAGCAAAUAUCAGAUCCAGCUAUUCUCUUUGAAUCGAAGCGACUAAAUACACAGGCGAGUGGGAUGAUCGAUACUGUUUAUUUUUACAUUAACAUUCAUACUUCUUCUUUUAUGCAAUUUUGCGAUGCAUCUUAUGAUAGGAUCGCAUGUUUCUAGUGUUCAUGAUAUCUUGGAAACGCUUCGAUUCAAAGCGAAGUAUGGUGGUGAAGGAAAGCAUUCAAAAUAUAAUUUACUUUAGAUAGAACAAAAUAUGUAUAGAAUUUUAUUAUGCACCAUUGUAAUAUUAUGUAUCCCAGUUGUGACACAAUAUACACUGGUGUUAUGUUAAAUGUGAACACUAUGUGUCCUGUCUUAUAUGUAAUAAUUUCCCAUGUUUUAGUUUUAUUAUAAAUAAAAAUGUCUUCUCUA